CUAGAGAAUUACAAAAACUUCUCAAACUUGCUAAAUUACAAGAAAAGAAACAAACUUGGCAACAAAGCAUAAGACCUCUAGAACUAAGCCCAAACAACCUAUAUAAUGAGAAGGCUGAAGAUACUAUGAUAGUUGAAACAGUAAUAACUGAACCAACUAAUACAGAAGUGAUCCAAGACAUCAAGAUGGAGCCAACUACCUCUGAAAUGAAAAUAUUGUCAAGCUCUGCUAGCAUAGAUAAUAACCAGCCUCUAGAAAGUAAUCAAAGUGAAAUGAAAAACACUAUAGGCCAAGAUAAUAUAGCAGUAGACCCUCUAGCAAUAGCACAAUGUCACCAAAAGUUAACCCUCAAACUGAGUGAAUAG